ACAUAACCCACCUGGGAAGCUGGGAUCAAGGCUGGACACGUCCACACAACGAUCAACAAGACAAGGAGGCUGGGUAACGGCGCUAUCUUUCGCUACCAAACUCCUGAGCCGCCCGGAAGUUUAAAUUUCCGGCGACUCCAGCUUCUUUGGGGUCAGCCGUUAGCAUAAGUAACCACAAGUGCAUUUCUUCAUCACUGCUUAGGGAGCAGGUUUGGAGUCUCAGUUUGAAUGAAUGAUAGCAGAGGCCGCGUUUAGCUGCAAACUCGUUGAGGGUUUACUGUUAUUGAGAUUUGUAAGAUUGAUAUUUUGUUGUAUAGAAUCAUGACGGCAGCAGGUAUGAAGCUACAACCUCGCUUCUACAGUUUCUUCGACUUCGAUUUUACAAUAUAUUAAUUUCCGAAGUACCUUGCCCACUCCACACACACGAUCAAAUUUUGUUCAGCGGACAUGAAUACUGUUUCUGUAGACAAGCUCGUUUCUGUCCAAACAAAUAAAAAUCUUUAUGUUAACUACGUUAACGGUGGUAUAGAAUAGAAAUAGUGUACAUAAAUUUUAUUCUGGCUACUUCGUUCCAGCUCGUUUUAGGAGGUUUGACCAAGUAUAAAGGUGAUUAUAUCCACAUAAUUUACAUAUUUAGAAGCAUUACUAAAAGUUCUAGACAGCUUUAAAAAGUCGAAUUUGAAUACGAUGAGAAUUUCAUGUGUGAAAGAGUAGAUUUAAUUGAGAGCCAAGCAUAUUAGACAAUAGUGAAUGAGAACACUAAUUUGCAAUUAUGGAGUAUAUGUCCAAUCUAACUCGUUGCAAUAGCUAAUUCAGAGUGUUCAAGUUCAUCGUUUCAUGCUACAAGUGAAUUCCCCCCCAACUCGUGUGGAUUAUUUAAUAUAUGACAAAGAAGGGCUGGUGCUGCUUAUUUUAGUUUAUUUUUUUGAAUAGGGCAGUUUUUGUCCUGAUCUUCCAUAUAAAUAUAGCAGAUGGUGUGCUUGGGGGCACCAUGUUCCAGCUGAAGCACAUUCAUUUCGUGAUAUAAUUUCAAUGACUUGAUCCAAGAAGCUCAACGUCGAUGGUUAAAACCUGCUGAGGUUCUUUUCAUAUUGCAGAAUCACGAGAACCAUCAGAUUGCCCAUGAGCCCCCCCAAAAGCCUGGAAGUGGAUCUUUGUUUCUUUUCAACAAGAGAGUCCUAAGGUUUUUUCGUAAAGAUGGGCAUAGUUGGAGAAGAAAGAGAGACGGGAGAACCGUGGGUGAAGCACAUGAAAGGCUCAAGGUUGGAAAUGCAGAAGCUCUCAGUUGUUAUUAUGCACAUGGAGAGCAGAAUCCCAAUUUUCAGAGGCGCUCUUAUUGGAUGCUGGAUCCGGCAUAUGAGCAUAUUGUCCUUGUUCACUACAGAGAUAUAAAUGAGAUAUCUCUGGUGUCUUAUACUUCAAGCCAGACUCUAGGCCCAUACUCUACUCAGUACGCAGGCUCUUCUGUGGUCAUAAAUGAAUCAUAUGAACCUUAUUCUAGUCCGGGAUCUGCGGAGAUUAGUUCUCAUGGAACCACUGCCAGCAAUGGGAUAGACCAGUUGGGCAUUAGAGAGAGGGUACAGGAGGUUAGCACUGCUUCAGAAUUUGAAAUGAGCCUGGCAUUGCGGAAGCUUGAGGAGCAGUUGAGUUUGGAUGAUGACAGCUUCAAAGAAAUUGAGCAACUCAACGACACAGAUAAAUCAGACGUUGAAAACAUUUUAGAUGAUGAUAGCAAUUUUUCUAGGACUCCUUAUGAUUCAAACAACUCUGUGCUGUGGCAACAUUCGGGUUACUCAAGUGAGCAUAAUAAUCAAAUCUCAGGAUAUGAAAUAGACCCCAGGGAAGAUGAUGAAAAGAGCACGCUGCUUGCAACAGAGCCAAUAGAAACCUCGGAAAGUAUCUGGCUUAAGUUUGGUGCGAAUGAGGCUCAAAAUUCUUUUAUCGCAAUUCCUGAACAAGUUGAAGAUAUCAAAUACCCUUUAUAUUCUCCUACAGUAAAUGCUUGCAGAACUGAUCCUGUGCAAUAUACUACAUUAUUCGACGAAGGUCAGAUUGGAAUUUAUCUUGAAGAUGACAUGGGCUUAGUUAUUGAUCAAAAGCAGAAAUUUACAAUUAAGGAAAUAUUUCCUGAUUGGGGAUAUGCUACCGGGACUACAAAGGUUGUUAUCAUUGGAUCAUUUCUUUGUGACCCAUCAGAAAGAGAAUGGAUGUGUAUGUUUGGUGAUAUGGAAGUGCCUGCUCAAAUCAUUCAAGAAGGUGUCAUCCGUUGCCAAGCUCCUCCACACUUGCCUGGCAAAGUCAACCUUUGCAUUACCACAGGUGACCGAGGAUCUUGCAGUGAGGUUAGGGAGUUUGAGUUCCGAGUUGAGUCCACUGGAAAUAUUAAUAGUAGUCUGCCUGAAACACAAUGCACUCAUAAGGGUCCUGAGGAACUAUUGCUUCUCAUCAGAUUUGGACAGAUGCUUCUUUCAGAUGUAUCAAAUCAUAAACUUUGUAGUUCUCUAUCUGGAAAUGAUUUUUUGGAAAAAAUCAAAGCGGGUGAAGAUUCAUGGAGUCAAUUCAUUGAGGCUCUCCAAUUGGACUGUUCAACGUCAAAUCUUACUAUUGAUUGGUUUCUCCAGGAACUUCUGAAAGACAAGUUGGAGCACUGGAUCUCUUCCAAAUCACAAGGAAAAACUAACUUGUCUGGGUGUAUAUUGUCCAGGCAAGAACAAUGCAUAAUUCAUAUUGUUGCUGGGUUGGGAUUUGAAUGGGCCCUGCGCCCAAUUCUAAGAGCUGGAGUCAGCGUCAAUUUCCGUGAUACCACUGGCUGGACUGCCUUACAUUGGGCUGCACGUUUUGGGAGGGAAAGAAUGGUUGCUGCGCUGAUAGCAUCUGGCGCAUCACCUGGAGCAGUUACUGACCCCACCAAACAAGAUCUCUUUGGUAAAACUCCUGCUGCCAUUGCUGCUAAUUGUGGACACAAGGGACUUGCAGGAUAUCUUUCAGAAGUGGCUUUAACCAGUCAUCUCUCAUCCCUCACAUUGGAAAAGAGUGAGCUCUUUGAAGGAUCUACUGAUGUGGAAGCAGAAAAAGUCACUGUUAGUUUCUCCACAGGAAGUCCGACAACAAAUGAGGAUCAGCUUUCACUGAAGCAUACUUUAGCUGCAGUCAGGAAUGCUGCUCAAGCUGCUGCACGGAUACAAUCUGCAUUCCGGGCACAUUCUUUCAGGAAGAGACAACAGAAAGAAGCUGGAGAUGAAUAUUAUACUUUCUCAAAUGGUAUUCAGGGUGUUCCAGCUGCGUCCAUGUUAACAUUCUGUUCAACACGUGAUUAUAACUCAGCAGCUUUAGAUAUCCAAAAGAAAUAUCGAGGAUGGAAAGGGAGGAAGGACUUCCUUGCUUUCCGUCAGAAAGUAGUAAAGAUACAGGCUCAUGUACGAGGCUAUCAGGUUAGAAAGCAAUACAAGGUAUGCUGGGCCGUGGGAGUUCUAGAAAAGGUAGUGCUUAGGUGGCGUAGAAGGAGAGUUGGACUUCGUGGAUUUCGACCGGAGGAAGAGUUCAUUGAUGAAAAUGAGGUUGAAGAAGACAUACUCAAGGUUUUCCGGAAGCAGAAAGUGGAUGCGUCAAUUGAUGAAGCUGUCUCAAGGGUCCUCUCAAUGGUUGAUUCUCCUCAGGCACGCCAACAGUAUCAUCGCGUUCUUGACAAAUAUCGACAGGCUAAGGCCGAACUUCAAAGUGUGGAAACCGAGGCAGCACCUUGUGCAAUUGGCGGCUUCACCAGUAUGGAAAGUGAUGACAUAUAUCAGUUCAAGUAGCAAAUUCUAAUCCAGUCUGAUCUGCAUGGCUGUUACAUGUAGAAUUGUACAUAAUUUUGCUGUAAAUGCUAACUGCUGGUGAAUGUCAUAUGUAGGUAAGCCGAAGCCAGUAAGCUGCUUAAAAUUUCUUGCAUGUGACAAUCAUUGAUAACCUAAUAGGCUGUAUGGGUUUAAGAUGUCUUUUCAAUGGUAAUUUGAGUCGCAGUGGUGCCUGUAAUGAAUUAGGUAA